AUGACCAAGAAGCAAUACUGCUACGCUACCCUAUUGACCACAGAUUCCUACGCUGUAGGAGUUAAUGUCUUGGCCAAAUGCCUAUACAACCAUGGCUCCAGAUACAAUCUAGUUGUAAUGUGUACCAACAACCUUUCCGACAAGGCCACUCAGUCGCUUGAACAGUUACCGAAUGUGAUCAUAAAAAGGAUCCAAAAGAUGCUACCAUCGGAAAAUGCAGCCACCAACUUUGUAUAUGAACGUUUCUCUGAUGUUUUCACGAAAUUUGAAGUGUGGAAGUUGAUUGAGUACCAGAAGGUAUGCCAACUAGACGCAGAUAUGCUUAUAAUCAAAAACAUGGACGAGGUGUUUGAUCUGCUGCCUGAGGGUCGUAAGCUAGCAUCUACAUCUGCUUGCAUAUGCAACGUAAUGAAGAACCCACGAUAUCCAUCAUUCUGGACUCCUGCAAACUGUGCCCAUACCUGGAAAGGUCGUAAUCAACCAGUCCCGGCCAGCUCGCCAAGAUCACUGAAUGCAGGAAUCCUACUUCUUCGACCCUCUAUGGAAACAUUCAAAGUCAUGAGCGAGUUUUUAUCCACAGCAACCGACUUAACGAAAUAUCAGUUUGGUGACCAGGACUGGUUGAACGAGUACUUUCCAGAUUGGGUCGAAAUGCCUUACAUAUAUAAUGCGCUCAAGACCAUGAGUGUGUUUCACUCCAAUGUAUGGGAUAUGGAUGAGGUGAAGAACAUACAUUAUAUACUGGAGAAGCCUUGGGAUUACAGUCCUGACGAUCCAGAGUUUGGGACGAGUCCGUAUGUGGAGUAUAAGGAGUUGAACCAAAUGUGGUGGGAUGUUAAUCAAGGUCCGCUUCAACGUAAACAAUAG